ACAUUAACGGGACUGGUUCAACGCAUUUUCAGAAUUCAAUACUAACUGGUAGAUGUUUACGCGUUUCCAUUUAGACGAGUUUUGUGCCGUUUCAGAUUUUGCCUUCUCUUCUCAUAAAUUCCAGCUCUUGCCUCCAUCGAAACUUAGGAUGGCAGACAUUUUGACUGACAAAUUUAUGAUGAAGCUUUCGGGGAAAAUCUGUCCAGUGAAAGCGACUCCAGACGAUUUCAGCAGAAAUGUCAUCAAUUUUAGCGUGAGCCUCGGAUUCACCGAAGCCCAGGGCGCAUGUGCAGUUGUAGGGGCAAACGUCAUCCAGAAUCAAAAGAGCGCGUACAGGAGGGCCCUCUCGAUGUACUUGAUGAAAUACGGACGGAAGAAAGACAGUGCUCUGAAACUUGAGAAGAUUCUUCUCAAAGGAAGUCUGAAGAAACAUGCUCAUCUUGUGAGGGAAGAAUUAAUGAAGUUCAACGUUCCUGUCCAACAAGAGACAAAGAUGUUGGUGAGAUAGCAGAUCUAACAAGGAAUCUUGAGCAGGUUCAUAAAGCACGGAAUACAUUGGAAAAGUAAAUUCAAAUUUUGAUUCAUCAAACAUUUGAAAUUGUUUCAACUUAAAGGUAUUGACGUGAUUGGACAUUAAUCUGUGACGUAUUUUAAAUUGAGAACUGCUUUUCUGAUCCAACGACGAAAUUGAUUCGUGUUAUCAACAGGAAUUGUAACGGGACGUGUGAAGGUCAAUAGCACUGAAUAUAACAUAAGGCUAGCGAAAUUACAUUUUAAUUGUUCGCGCUUUUGAGUUCAUUUUAUUGUAAUGUAUUGAAUUUGAUUCACUAUUAAUUAUGAUUUUAGGCUACAUGUCAAUGACAUUUCGCAGAAAAUAAAAUUGUCUAUUAUGUUUAUGAACAAUGAACAAAUUCGGACAGCAAAUCAGUGAUAAAUAGUUGCGGGGCAUGAUUAUUAAAGAUAUGACGAAUGAUCAGAAAAUUCAAAAGAUUUUCAUACAAUCAACCAAUAUAAGCCCACGCACAUACAACGAUCGUGGGGGGGGGGGGGGGUUCAUUCACACGAGGAAAUUUGGGUCGUCAGCUAAUUGCAUGCAAGGUAAAGGUAACAUGUGCAUAUCCCACGUGUUACUCUUUGAAAAUAAUUUGUUAAAACACUUGUGGAUUCAACAUUGAAUAUUUGAGUUGUUGCAAAGGUUCUGAUUUACCUUUAUAUUUACUACUGUCAUAUCAAUAAGUUUGGAUUCGGCAUAGGCAUUGGCCAAUAUCUUAUUUAAAACGUAGAAAAGACAUGGAUAUUUCGUACAUUUUAUAUGACCUUAUCCAUACAUACGUUGAACAGUAAAAGUUCAUUAAAUAGAAGCAAUUACCCCGAUUUAUUCAUAUCACUUUUGGGCGGCCUCUUAUAAACUAGUUUUUUUAAGUUAUAUCAGGUGAUGUGUAGUUGUGAAAAAAUAUCUUGAGUACUCCGAUCAAAUUGUUUGAAGGUUUCAAUAAUUCUUGCCUUUAUCUUAUGGACUUAACCUUUCUAGUUUACAUUUUAUUUUUUCUAAAACGGUUCUCCUAUCACUGUAGGGCAUUUUUGUUACUCUUUGUUUAAUUUGUCAAAUUCAUUAUCUUUACUGGUUGUUUCAUUUUGCCAUGUUUAUAAAAUUACUAUUGAAUAGAUUUCAGCUUUGUAUAC